UCUUGGGGGGCUGGGCGUGCGGUUCGUUCCCGGGUGGAUGACUUGCCUCAUCGCCGAUUACGGCAAGGAACUGCCGGUCCUUGAAGUCGGCCUGCGAUGACAUCGUGACGGCAGACAAUGGGCGUUGCUGGGUUUUGAUGUAAGAUGGAGAUUGGUGGAUGAUGCGAAGCUUCCAGUUUAGCUGCCUUCAGGCCAUCGCCUGUGGCCCCGCGCACAAGCGGCUGAGCGAUGCGGCUGUACUUUUGGAGGAGGUAUUGCCGGAGGCACAAGUAGUGCCGACAGAGGCGCUGUUGUGUUAUUGGGACAGCGUACAAAGAGCAGCUGAUCUCUUAAAUGUCUUAAAAUAAUUCAUGCAAAUUUAUUAAUCACUCACAAUGUUAUGAGAGCCAUAUGUACAAAUUUUGUAACACCAACUCUCAAUAGAUAUCCCAGAGGAGUCUGUUGUCCCCAGCGGCCAGUUAGUGAGAGCAAUGACUUGGCGGCCACGUACCUCUACAGAUGUCACUGGGGCCACCCCUCGCUGGACUUGCGCGCUAGACUACAGCUGGAAAUUUGCCUGCAGUGGAAGCUCCUCCAAAGUAAACAAUUCGCUGCCAGUCCGACACUGCUUUUUUUCUUACUUUUUGGCUUUCAACCACCAACUGAUCAGUGGCUUUUG